CUACUUUUCGCUUUCACGUCGUUCUACGUAGCGUUCGGAGGAUUUGCUGCAGACGCGUUGAAAUUGCCCAGCGGCCGCUGGAAUGGUGAAGCAACCACCCAGCUUCUUUCCUACGACUGCCUUGGAUCAUGCAGCUGCAGGAAUCGGUGCUGGUGUCGUCGCCACGCUUUGUAUGAACCCUCUCGACCGUCUCAAGGUCAAAUUUCAAGUAUCCGAGACGAACCCAAAGGGAGCCUUCGGGAAACACAUAUGGUACGCUCUGAAGGAUAUCAAGCAGCAAGAGGGAUGGAGGGGGCUGUAUCGCGGUGUAGGUCCUAAUAUUGCUGGCAAUGCUACAAGCUGGGGGUUUUACUUUCUAUUCUAUAACAUGCUCAAAAAACGCGCGUCUGGAGAUGACAUUACUCGACCGCUCUCCUCUGCAGAGUAUCUGAUUUGUUCCGCCGAAGCAAGUGCUGUGACGGCCGUAAUGACCAACCCUCUGUGGGUAGUCCGAGUGCGUAUGUUCACCACUGAUGCAGGCUCUCCCCAUGCCUAUCGUGGCCUAUGGCACGGUCUCCGAACUAUUGUUCAGUCUGAAGGCUGGCAAGGACUUUUUCGCGGCACAUGGCUGGGGCUUUUUGGCGUCAGCAAUGGGGCGAUUCAGUUCAUGGCAUACGAACAAAUGAAGCGCUGGGGAUUUGAGAGGAAGAAGAGACAAUUUGAGAAGUCGGGUCAGCCUUGGACACCUGACGUAGACAAAUUGUCGAACACCGCUUACACAAUUAUGUCUGGUGCCAGCAAAAUGGAAGCUUUGGCCAUAACAUAUCCGUACCAGGUCGUACGAUCCCGCAUGCAGAAUACCAAUGCAACGGCUAAUCUCUAUCCCAAUAUUCGGACUACCAUAUUGAAAACUUUGCAGCAGGAGGGUAUACGCGGAUUUUAUCGCGGCCUUGGAACCAAUUUUGUGAGAGUCUUGCCAGGUACCUGCGUCACAUUCGUUGUAUACGAGAAUCUGGCAUGGUUACUCAGAUCAACGGCCGCAAACAGAGCAAAGAGGUUGGGGAUCCUAGAGUAGAAUAUAUCUUUGUACUAUUUAAUACCUAUUAUCCAAUACUUAUAUGGAUACCUGUGGUAGAAGGUCUUGUGGCGGUGUUCAUUGUUGCUCACCGGGUUUUGAUAGCAAUAUGACUGUCCUGCUUUUGACC